AUGUUUAAUAAAGUUUUCCAACGUGCCCUAAAGUUUCGUUUGAGGAAAAGUUAUCCUACAAAUAUAUACGAUAUCUCCCGAGGCGCUGCCGUAGCGGUGCGGAGACCGUACAGCGAUGAAGUAAAACGCGCGCAAGCCGCAGACGUAACUUCUACCGGUCCAACAAUAUUCGAUAAAAUAAUAUCUAAAGAAAUCAAAGCGGACAUUAUUUACGAAGACGAACUCUGUUUGGCGUUCAACGACGUUUCUCCGCAGGCGCCGGUGCAUUUCCUAGUUAUACCAAAACGGAGAGUCCCUCGACUGCAAGACAGUGAAACUGGAGACAAGGAGCUCCUAGGCCACCUCAUGCUGGUAGCUCGUUCUCUGGGGGCUGCUCGAGCCCCACAGGGCUGGCGCCUCGUCGUCAACAACGGCAUGCACGGGGCACAGAGUGUAUACCAUUUGCAUCUGCACGUUCUUGGGGGCAGACAAAUGAAAUGGCCCCCAGGU